UCUCUGCAUGGCUUCCUCUGCAGCCUCAUUUGCUUUGUCCCUCCUGCUCGUUGCCGCCGCUCUACAGUGCUGCCACGGGCAAGGCGGCGCCGUGGCGGCGAUCUACAGCCUCGGCGACUCCAUCACGGACACGGGGAACCUGGUCAAGGAGGCGCCGCCGGGCGUCUUCGAGACCAUCAAGCACCUCCCCUACGGCCUCACCUUCGGCCGCCCCACCGGCCGAUGCUCCGACGGCCUCCUCAUGAUCGACUUCCUCGCUCAGGACACGGGCCUCCCGCUCCUCAACCCUUACCUGGCCAAGAACAGAAGCUUCGACCACGGCGCCAACUUUGCCGUCGCCGGAGCCACCGCCAUGGACCUCGCCGACCAGUUCAACGGGAGCUUUUCCAUGCCUUUCACCUCCAACUCCCUCAAGCUGCAGCUCAGGUGGUUCAAGGACUUCAUGAAGUCCACCUUCAACACCGACGAAGAGAUUCGCAAGAGGCUACAGUCCUCUCUGGUGUUGGUCGGGGAAAUAGGAGGAAACGACUACAACUUCGCCUUCUUCGGGAACAAGCCUGUCAGUGAGGUGGAGAAGCUAAUCCCAGCCGUGGUUCAGACCAUCAUCAAUGCCACCAAGCAAGUGCUGGACAUGGGCGCGAGCAGAGUCAUCAUCCCGGGCAACUUCCCCAUCGGCUGCCUCCCGAGCUACCUCACCGCCAUGGAAUCGCCGGAGCCGUCGGCCUACGACUCCAUGGGGUGCCUGAACGACCUCAACCUCCUCGCCGCCAAGCACAACGCGCAGCUCCAGCGAGCCGUCGCCGAUCUCCGGGCGUCAUACCCGGACGCGGCCAUCGCCUACGCCGACUACUUCAACUCCUUCCUCAGCCUCCUCAAGGGCGCCCCGGCACUCGGUUUCGACGAGGAUAGCACGCACAAGGCGUGCUGUGGCGCCGGCGGCAAGUACAACUACGAGGAGAGGCGGGCGUGCGGCGUGGAGGGGGCGACGGUGUGUGCGGACCCGUCGGCGUACGUGAGCUGGGACGGCAUCCACAUGACCCAGGCGGCGUACAAGGCCAUGUCCAGGCUUAUCUACCAUGGGAGGUACCUUCGGCCUCAGAUACUCAGCUUCCCGGAGAAGAAUGGGGAUCCUGCUGAAAUUCGCGACAUCAACGUCCACGCACGCGUCCCCGUCGUCCUCGAUGCCUUCAACUCCACGUACUUCGCGUGGAAGACAUACUUCUCGCUGCUCUUCCGCGAGAACAACCUCGUGGAUCAAGUUGAGGGCACCGUUGACUCCCGCGCCAUGGUGGACGACCCCGAGUGGACCACGAUCGGCGCCACGAUCAUCUGGUGGUUCUUCACCACCAUCUCCAAGGACCUGUUUCACACGGUAGUGAGCGCUAGCGACGACGCCCGCGCCAUGUGGGUUAAGCUAAACGACCUCUUCACCGAAAACAAGCUUCAGCGCCGCGUUUUCUUACAGCAAGAAUUUUUUGACUGUCACUAG